AUGACUGUAAAAUGCAAUUCCGACACAGUCUUACUAAACGUCCUCAUGCAGCUCGGCGCAGGCUUUGACUGUGCAUCUGUAGAGGAAAUGCAUACCGUCCUAUCUUUGGGUACUCACCCCAGCAGCAUUAAUUUUGCAAAUCCAUGCAAGGCACCCGAAUCCCUUGCUUUUGCCUAUAAAGUCGGCAUUAGAAAGACGACCUUCGAUAAUCUCGACGAGCUUGACAACAUAAAGAAAUACAUGCCCAACGCACAACUACUGCUUAGGAUAUAUGCAAAUGAUAGUAGUGCUGUUGUUUCUUUGGGGGAUAAGUAUGGUGCUCCACUUGAAUCGUGCCAUGCGCUUCUUGUACGUGCAAGAGAGUUGGGUAUGGAUGUUGUGGGAACGACUUUCCAUAUUGGUGACUGA